UCAGCCUUCUGGAUUUCUUGCAUCUGAUCGAGCUAGACUCGUCUCCAUACUCGAUCUAUCUCAUGUAUCUUGUCCUUCCAGACCUUCAAAGCACACAAGCAGACCAUGGCCACUGUCACUGAGGUGCUGACGAAGCCUAUCACCGCGAAAGGCGUCCCGAUCAAGUCGGGUCAGAUCAAGGUCCACCACGAUGAGCUGCCCGUGGUUGGAUUGUCCGAUAUUCCUCUGCCGCCUCCCUCCAAACAGCCCACCGAGGUGCUCAGCAUAGACAAACCCACCCCGGAUCACCAUGUUCCUCGCGAUCCGCGUCUCAUCAGAUUGACGGGUGUCCACCCGUUCAAUGUCGAGCCUCCCCUCACGGAUCUGUACAACGAAGGGUUCUUGACGUCACCGGAACUUUUCUAUGUCAGAAACCAUGGUCCCGUUCCAUUCGUGAAGGACGAGGACAUCCCUAAUUGGGAGAUUAGUAUCGAAGGCCUGGUGGAGAAGCCGCUUGUCCUGAACUUCAGGGAGAUACUGCAGCGAUAUGAUCAGAUCACGGCACCAAUAACACUCGUUUGUGCAGGAAACAGACGUAAGGAGCAGAAUGUGGUCAGGAAAACCAAAGGUUUCUCGUGGGGUUCAGCUGGUCUGUCGACGGCCCUUUGGACUGGCCCAAUGAUGGCAGAUAUCCUGCGGAGUGCGAAGCCCCUCCGGAGAGCCAAGUACGUCUGCAUGGAGGGAGCGGAUAAGCUACCAAACGGGUAUUACGGGACAUCAGUCAAACUGAACUGGGCCAUGGAUCCCAAUAGGGGAAUCAUGCUGGCCCAUAAGAUGAAUGGCGAGGAUCUCCGUCCAGAUCACGGUCGUCCAUUGAGAGUUGUUGUACCCGGCCAAAUCGGUGGCCGAAGUGUCAAGUGGUUGAAGAAGCUCAUUCUGACUGAUGCACCCAGUGAUAACUGGUACCACAUUUACGACAACCGUGUAUUGCCGACUAUGGUUUCACCCGAAAUGUCAUCCAGUGAUCCAAACUGGUGGCGCGACGACCGAUAUGCCAUUUACGACCUUAACGUAAACUCUUCGGUAGUAUACCCCAGGCACAAGGAGGUGCUAGAUCUUUCGUCGGCAGGCCCGUCGUAUAACGUGAGGGGAUAUGCGUACGCAGGAGGCGGGCGAAGGAUUACGCGAGUCGAGAUAUCCUUGGAUAAAGGCAAAACCUGGCGAUUGGCCAACAUCUCAUAUGCCGAGGAUAAAUACCGUGAUUUCGAAGGUAACCUGUUCGGGGGUAAAGUGGAUAUGUCCUGGCGUGAGACUUGUUUCUGUUGGUGCUUCUGGUCGCUGGAUCUCGCUGUUUCCGAGCUGGAGCAGACAGACGCCUUCCUUGUCAGGGCUAUGGAUGAGGCGUUGAGCCUUCAACCGCGCGAUAUGUACUGGUCGGUUCUGGGGAUGAUGAACAAUCCUUGGUUCCGGGUCACCAUCACGAAAGAAAACGGAACGCUCAAGUUCGAACACCCAACUGAUCCCACUGGACCCGGCGGGUGGAUGGAACGCGUCAAGAAGGCGGGCGGUGAUCUGACCAACGGCAACUGGGGAGACCAGCACGCAGGCGAAAAGCCGGCAGAGCCCGAGCCCGAGAAAGAGAUCAAUAUGAAGAAAGAUGGCGUGAACCGGGUGAUUGAUCUCCAAGAGUUCAAGAAGAAUUCAAGUGACACGAAGCCCUGGUUCCUCGUCAAUGGCGAAGUAUAUGAUGGCACUGCCUUCCUGGAGGGUCAUCCAGGAGGAGCCCAGAGUAUCAUUUCCUCGGCGGGGACCGAUGUUUCAGAGGAAUUCCUGGCAAUCCAUAGCGAAACGGCUAAAGCUAUGAUGCCCGAUUACCACAUUGGAACGAUGGACAAGGCAUCUCUGGAGGCGCUCAAGAAUGACAACGUCUCUCAGUCGGAUGGACCACGGGCAACAUUUCUCCAGUCCAAAUCAUGGGCCAAGGCAACGCUCGUAAAGAGAAAGGACGUGUCUUGGGACACACGCAUCUUCACUUUCCAACUCGAACACGACAAGCAAACCCUGGGUCUACCGAUCGGCCAGCAUCUCAUGAUUAAAGUCGCCGACCCGACCAGCAAAGAAGCCAUCAUCCGCUCGUAUACCCCCAUCUCCGACACCAAUCAGGAAGGAACGAUGGAUCUGCUGGUCAAGAUAUACUUUGACACGCCCACAGUAAAGGGUGGCAAGAUGACCAUGGCCUUGGAGAAGCUUGCCUUGGGCUCGGUAGUCGACUGCAAGGGUCCCACGGGCAGGUUUGAAUACCUUGGGAACGGCAAGAUUCUGGUGAGCGGGAAAGAGCGUCAUGUUCGCUCUUUCAAGAUGAUCUGUGGAGGUACUGGUAUCACGCCGGUAUUCCAAGUCCUACGUGCUGUUAUGCAGGACAAGCAAGAUCCUACAGCAUGCAUCGUCUUCGAUGGAAAUCGACUGGAGGAAGAUAUCCUGUGUCGCUCCGAAUUGGACGCUUAUGAAGCGUUAGACAGCAAGAAGUGCAAGGUGAUUCACACCUUGACCAAGGCUCCGGACAGUUGGACCGGCCGUCGUGGACGUAUAUCCGAAGACUUAUUGAAGGAAUACGCGAUUCCCGAUGGCGAGAGCAUGGUGCUUGUCUGUGGUCCAGAGGCCAUGGAAAAAUCUGCCCGCAAGAUUCUACUGGAGCAGGGAUGGGCGGAGUCUGAUCUUCAUUUCUUUUAGUUGUGGCUUUUCGGGAAAUAGCGUCGUUGGUCAGUAUAGAAGGACGGGAUCCCUAGACUGUAUAUAGGUAUGAUAAUGUCACAAGAUAUACGAACUGUGAUGUCAAUGGACGAAAGAACAUGUGUUCUCCAAUGCAUAGAGUGCCGAAUGAUCGCAUUCGCAUCUGCGCGUGGA